GAUAUUAAGAUUAGGCGUUUUUUUGUGUUCACCCACCAUAACUAAUUUUGGAUAAUAAAAAAGGCAGAGGAAGACCCCCUUUUCAGGCAAGGCUUUCAAGUUAGAAUUAGCCAACCACAAAGGGGAAAGACUGCCUAGUGCAUUCCAACACAGAAUAGAAAUGGCAUUUCUAUUCUGUUAUUCCAGCCUUUAAAUUAUGAUGAAAGUGGAUUAAAAAGAUUUGAUUUGCAUGACUGCAGUGUAGCCUGCCCGCAGACUCUUGAAUUGCAAAUGUUUAGCCAACAACAAUAUUUAAAUAACAUUUGCAAUUCAAUUCAAGAGUCUGCAGGCAGGCUACUGCAGUGAAGACAUACAGAUAGGCACAGGAGGUAGAAGAAAAUGGCGAGCAGCUCCUUUGAUAUCAAUCAGUGGCUGGAGAAAAUUGGUUUUGGACGAUUCCAUGUCCUUGCAUUACUUGUUAUUGGCCUCCGACCAUUUUCAUUUGCUUCGUCGUCAGGUUUCUUGAUAAUACUAGAACCAUAUCUUCGAUGUCAGUGGAAUUUGAGAUACUUUACUGCAGCCUGGCUUGCCCUUCCCGAAGCAAUCACAAACAUUGCCGGCUCGAUCAUUCUUGGUAAAUUGUCAGACAGGUACGGAAGAAGAAAGAUAAUGUUACUGGCCUUUACUUUCAAUUCUUAUUUAACAUUACUUUAUUUGUUGUCUUCAAACAUGCUGCUGAUGUCCGCGAUUCGAGCAAUCAUUGGAUUGGUGUCUUCAAAUGUAGUGAUUGCGUUCACCUACAUAAUGGAAAUUCUGCCUGUUUCAAAACGCAAGUACAUGUCUUUAUUUGAAUUCGCAUUUUGUGCUGGAAGUGGAUAUAGUAUUCUAGUCAGCAUGGUUUCGUUGGAGAACUUAACAUGGCAAUGGUUUGGUGUCUUUGCAGAGACUAUUCCCAUUGCGUUAGCGGCUUUCGCAGUGGGUUUCUUGCCUGAAUCCCCGAGAUAUUUAUUGUCUGUAGGAAAAGACGAUGAAGCAAAAGACACUCUGCAAAGGAUUGCAAAAAUAAAUGUCAUAAAUGAUGGGUAUAAACCGUUGCUACAGAAAGAUUCUGGUGAAAUCAACACAGAAGUGCCUGACCAUGAGGAUAGCAAUCAGCAAAAAAAUCUCUCAAAUAUUGAAAUUGUGAAAAGGAUAGCUUUGGUUUCGUUUUUACAGUUUUAUGGAAAUUUGCUUGCUGGGACAAUGCGAUUUGGAUCCAUGCAGUUUGGUGAGAAUUCUGAUCUUUCAGGAUGCGGAAUGUGCUCUAAGGGCCUGGCAUACAAAUAUCGAUGGGCAAUGGUUUUUGCAGCGCUUUGUUCCUCGUUUCCUACAUAUUGGCUUUUGAACAAAGUUACAAGAAAAAUGUCAUUCAUCAUGUAUUUCAUAUACAUUGCAGGUAGCCUGAUACCUUUUUACUGGAAUAUCCGUGGAUGGCCUCUUGUCUUUGCGACCGUCCUUUUCUCUAUAUCUUUUUGUAGUAUGAACAUCGUUGUCUUUGUUUACCGGGCAGAACUCUUACCAACAUCGAUAAGGGCGUUUGGAUGCGGGAUUUCGGAGGCCUGCGGUCAGAUUGGUUUGGUGUUUGGACAGUUUAUAGCAGUUUAUGUAUAUCACAAAAGUGUCUAUCUGUCAUUUGGCAUUUUGCAUUGCUUCACUGCAAUUGCUUUUCUGGCAGCCAUCACUGUUAUUAUAGAGACGAAACACGAUCAGCUAAAAUGACCCAAGUUGUAGCGUUAUCAUAAACAAGAACCGAGUAGUCAGGACUUGAUCUGUUUAGAUUAAAAUUACUUUUAAGUUGG